AUGAUAGUGGAACCUGUUGUCAACGAGGAUGAUGCUGAGGGUCAGCAGGCUGGAGGAGAGGAGAACGCCGCCGCCGCCGCGGGCGAUGAUGGAGGUGAGGACGGCCAGAAUGGGGACAAUGCAGAGGAGUGGGCCGAUGAUGAUGUGUACAACCGUCUGGAGGAAGCUGUGAAUGAAGACCUUUUGGAUGAUCUUGAUGACGAUGAUGACGACGACGAGGAGGAUGAUGAUGAUGAGCCGUUGGUCCCUCCCGAGUCUGAGAUCCAUCCGGCGGAGUCCCAGCCUGAUGAGUUAGAGGAGGAAAGGGAUAUGCAGUUAGAGAGGGAACAGAUGGAGAACAUAGAUCCUGAUGAUAUUGACGAGGAAGAGGAGGAUGAUGAUGAUGACAGUGAUGACGAGGGAAGUGGUGAUGAUGAUGAGGACAUCAUGGGAGUUGAGGAAGAGGAAGGGAGCGAUGAUGAUGAGGAGGAUGUCGAUGGAGAUGUGAUGGACGUAUUGAGAGAUGUGGUUAUGAGUGCUGCAGCCCCACAAGGUAGUACUACUACUACUGGAGCAGGAGGAGCAGCAGCCGCAGGAGGUUCAUCUUCUGUGAAUACACCAGCGCCCAACAGAGGAGCUCCCAAUGCGGCCAACAGUACAGCGACAUCUAAUGCUACUGGUGAUGGUGAUCAUCAAGCUCCGAUAGCCUCUGAUACCCCUCAUAGAGGUGGAGAAGGCCAGCCUAGUGGUGGCAGUAGUAGUGGCAGUAGUAGUGAUGAGAGUGGUAGUAGCAGUAGCUCUGGAGAUGGUCAUAUCGUUAUUGAGUUCGACGAUGGACAUAACGAUGAUAUGAUGGACGAGGAAGAAGAGGAUGAUGAUGAGGAGGAUGAUGAUGAGGACGAGAGCUCGGAUGAUGAGGGAGAGGAGGAAGAGGGCAGUGACGACGAGGAUGCCAUACCGUUAUUGGGCUUUGAUGGCGAUGCCCCCCAUGGGAGGAUGUAUAGGAGGAAUUACCCUAGAGGUAGUGGUGGUGGGAGCCAUCUCCUGCUGCCAAUGCUAGAGGAUGGUCCAGGAAGGGCCUUGGGUAUCCGUGACCUUCUGCCGAGGAGACGAGGGAGUGGUGGUACUAUUGGAGGCCCUAUGGGAGCUGAUCGAGUCAACACAAAUCCCAACGCCAUACCUCCGAGCGCGAUGCUAAGCACGCAGGCAGCUGCCGUCGACACCAGUCAGUAUCCCCAGGCGUGUAUUGAUGCCGCUAAUAGGAUGAGAGUGCCUGUGGGGGAGGUACUUGUCGAGCUACCUCCCGACCUACAACGGGAAGCUAUAAUAGAUGCAGUGGGGACGAUGGAUGAAGGUGUCCUCACUCAGCUGAGGAAUGAAUAUCGGCAACAGAACCCACAGCAGGAUGGUGACAAUAGAGAGGGAGAAGAAGAUGGGACAGCUGCUGCUGAUGCUGUUGCGGCGGCUAAUGAGGCUGCAGACUUCCUCAACGCCCUCCCACCUGACCUAAGAAGGGAGGCCCUCAUCAGUAUGCAGCUCGAUGACCCGACCCUUCUGGAUGCUCUACCCUCGGAUCUCAGAAUGGAAGCAAGGGCAGCUAGUGCCGAGGUGGAGCAGCGUAGACGACACCAGCAUGAGCUCCUUCGAAGGCCUCGUCGUCGUUGGAAUGGUUCAGCAGCAGCAAUGGAUAGUAGUGCCCAACAGGGAGCGCAAGAGCAGACGAGAAGGCUACGUGCUAUGGGGGAUAGCAUCAGAGGAGCAGUCGAUAACGUCAUGCACACUACCUCCUCAUCUACCCCUGAGGGCAAUAGUGGUGCCCCUCGGCAAGUCGGUACUUAUCUUAGCCCCUUCUCUGAGGAAGGUGGAGGGUCUGCAUCCUUCUAUGAGGACCUCCUGGCCGCCGACGAUGGUCCGCUCAUUAGUGGUCGUCGCUUCGGCAGUGGCAUAACCCAGCGACUCAAUACGGCAGGAGGGGCUUCAGAAUCCGUAGCAGAGAAUAGUGACAUGUUCCUUUUCGAUGCUAGCCGUGGGAACCGUCGAGGCGGCACCUCCUUUGCCAUCAGUGGCCCAGGCAUGGACGCCGACUCUGCUUGGGGUCCAGCUGCAGCAUUCAUAGGCAGACCACAGGGACGUAGGAGACAAGAUCUCGGUGGUGGCGAUUGGGCUUCGGCAUCUAGUGUCCGUACUCUAGCACAAGCCUCCCCUGGUGGGGUUGCUGCUACAGCCCGUCGUAAUGGUCCAAUGCUAACGUCCGCAGCAAUGGAAUCUCUCAAUCUGGGCUUACAGGCACCUUUACGUAUCAUCACGACGAGAGGGUCAUCACCAGCGUCGGGUACAGGAGGAGGUCAGGCUAUCGAUAGGAGCUGGCUGCAGAACCCAUUACAGACUGAGGAAAUAGCUCACAUGUAUAGCAGUGGUAGCUGUCCUCGCUUGCUCCUAUGGGGAGAUCUUGCAGUGGCUCGGCCAUCUCCAUCCAGCGCAGGUCCUGAUGCCCUUGCAGAGGGCGCCAAGCAUCUCCUACGACUGUUGUUUAUGAGGUAUCAGCCUCUACGUCCAUUGGUGGACAAGACCAUUUUCAACAUCUGCCUCGAUCCUAGACUAGAAGAUGCAGUCCUUCAAGUCUUGGUCCAAGCUCUGCUCAGCCUUGCAUGUUCCAACAAUCGUCGCCACAGCCAUAGCGUACACGGCUGGUCCUUCCUCGUUGAUGAUUCUGCGACUAGCUCUAAUGGGAAGAUCACUACUACCACUAUCAAUGAUGAUAAUAAUAAUGAUGAACCCUUCCCGCCUUGGUACCUCUACGAGUCGCCGAUGCUUCCGUCCGGGCCCGGUAGAUCGCCCACAGCAACUGGAGUGGCGACCGACAAUACGGCUCCAUCAAGUGUAACAGCGUCCCCGACAGUGAGGGCUCUGGCUAGAUCAGUGGGGUGUGGUAGAGUACUCAAUGCAAUCAGCUUCCUCAUAUCCACAAUACCAAGGACGCGUCAAUGGUUCGCCUCCCCCAGCAUGAUUCACAAUGCCCUUCUACAGAGGUCAUCCUCGUCAUCAACGUUAGCACGCACUGUUAGCAACAGCAGCCCCUCACCCAAGAGGUCUACUUCUGGAGUCAAACGUCGUCGAAGUUCGAUGACCCCUGCUGAGGCCCCGGAGGUACGGAGGUCGAAGCGCUUGAGUCGGACUCAGUCGGUGGCUGUCGAAGAUGGAGGAGAGGCCAGCAGUAGUGGCUCUGUGAGGAAACUACAGAGGACCAAGUCGAGUGGUGGGAAGGAAGGAGGGAAGGCGACUAUGAGUGAAGAGAAGGUCGAGGGGGCUCCUGCUGCCGCUGCUCAUCAUCAUCAACAGAAGCGGGCAUCUCAACCGAUACUGGUGGCACCAGUGAAUGUCGUGAUGCAACUGUUGGGAUCGCCAUUGUUGAGAUCCUCUCCUGCCCAUACCCUUUUCCUGGUCACCGUCCUCGUCUCUAUGCUCACACCACCUUCGCAGUCUGCUGCAAAGAGUGGUGCCCAUCACAACAAUGGGCCACCUCCUCCUCGCACCUCCUCAACGCCAGCUCCAGCUGCUGCUGCUGCUGAGGAGCCAGCUGCAUCAUCUACAGCUGAGGGUUCGACUAAGCCCGGGGCUAAGAAGAGCUUUUACAAGCACAUGCUGGGCAGGCCCGUGACGUGGCAUGAUAUGGAAGCCAUGGACCCUGAUUACUAUCGUAAUCUCAAGUGGAUCUUAGAGUGCCAAGAUGAGGAGAUGCUGAAGGCAUUGGAUCUCACCUUUACUAUCGAGGAGAGCGACUUCGGCAAGACUAAUGUUGUUGAAUUGAUACCCAAUGGCAGCAACAUCCCUGUAACUUUGCAGAACAGACAGGAGUAUGUUCAGAAGGUCUGCGAGCAUAAGAUGACGUCUGGUAUUCAAGAUCAGCUGCAAGCCUUCUUGGAAGGCUUCCACGAACUGGUCCCAGCUGACCUUGUCGGAACGUUAUUCGAUGACAAGGAGUUGGAGCUCCUUAUAGCAGGUCUUCCUACCAUCGAUGUCGAGGACCUCAAAAAGAAUACGGAGUAUGUCAAUUACAGCAGUCAGGAUCCGCAGAUCAAAUGGUUCUGGAAAUGUUUGGAAGAGAACUUUACAGAAGAUGAGAUGGCAUGGUUCCUUCAAUUCGUGACGGGUUCCACCCAGGUACCUCUCGAGGGCUUCAAAGCUCUCACUGGAAUGAGAGGUCCUCAGAAGUUUAGUAUCCAUAAAGCCCCAGGGGAUAAGACGAGAUUGCCUAGUGCACAUACGUGCUUCAACCAACUCGACUUGCCCGACUAUGACACUGAGGAGGUCCUCAAAGCGAAGUUGAAGCAGGCAGUCUGCGAGGCUCAUGAAGGCUUCGGAUUCGUAUGA